GGCGGGUAGCUUCCGCCACGUGUGUAACGCUGGCGCGCACAAGGUGUAAGCUGAGCAACCUCUUUCCACCACGCACAUCCCCGGACUCCCGCAACACAGCAAUAUCCUCUCGAUCUCGAAAGUCCCCCGAUCCAACGGCCUUACCUCCCUUCGAACCCCCCUGGCGGCACGCGGCGUCGCUAUUGCCUAUCCACGGCCAUAAUGAGCUCCCUUAAGACAUUCAUCAAGGAAGUGCGGAAGGCAAAAACCCUGCAGGAUGAGCGGAGUGUCGUACAGAAGGAGAGUGCGGCCAUCAGAGCUUCGUUCCGGGAGGAGUCCGGCGAUCAGAACGUAAGGAGGAACAAUGUCGCCAAACUCCUAUACCUUUUUACGCUCGGCGAACGGACGCACUUCGGACAGAUCGAAUGCCUAAAGCUACUUGCCUCGCCGAGAUUCGCGGAUAAGCGGUUGGGAUAUCUAGGCACCAUGUUACUGCUGGACGAGAACCAGGAGGUUCUGACGUUGGUCACCAAUUCUCUCAAAAAUGAUCUAGAACACCAGAAUCAGUACGUCGUCGGACUGGCGCUGUGCACGCUCGGCAACAUCGCAUCUCAAGAGAUGGCCCGCGAUCUAUUCCAGGAAGUUGAGGGACUUCUCUCCACCGCAAAUCCGUACAUCCAGAAGAAGGCUGCUCUCUGCACGAUGCGCAUCAUCCGUAAGGUGCCCGACCUCCAGGAGCACUUCGUCAACAAGACCAAGCCGCUGCUACAGGACCGCAAGAACCACGGUGUGCUGCUCUGCGGAUUGACACUGGUUACCGACCUUUGCCAACACGAUCCGGAUCUGAUCCCCCAAUACGUGCCGUACGUGCCGGUACUGGUCCAGCAUCUGAAGAAACUGACGAGCUCCGGAUAUGCACCCGAACACGAUGUGACGGGAAUUACGGAUCCGUUCCUACAGGUCAAGAUUCUGCAUCUGCUUAGAAUACUGGGAAAGAAUAAUCCCGAAGUUAGCGAGCAGAUAAACGACAUUUUGACGCAGGUUGCUACGAAUACGGACUCGUCGAAAAACGUCGGAAACUCCAUUCUCUACGAGGCCGUGCUUACCAUUUUCGACAUCGAGUCCGACAGCGGUCGCACCACUCUCGGUAUCAACAUCCUGGGUAAAUUCCUGACCAACAAGGACAAUAAUAUCCGCUAUGUGGCGUUGAACACGCUCCACAAAGUGGUGUCUAUGGAUCCAAAGGCUGUGCGGCGACACGAAAGGACAAUCUUCGCCUGUCUCGAGGACCCCGACAUCUCGAUCCGGCGACGUGCCAUCGAACUCGCGUUCACCCUGAUCAACAACGAGAAGGACGUCGGUCUGGUUGACAAGCUUCUCAAUCUGCUGAGCCGAGGGAAAAUCGACAAUGAAUUCAAGUCGGCCCUGGCGUCGAAGGUUUCCGUAGCGGCCGAUAGGUUUGCGCCUGAUAAGAGAUGGCACAUCGAUACCAUCUUGCGAGUCUUGAAGCUGGCUGGGAACUACGUCAAGGAGCAGAUCAUGUCCAGUUUCAUCCGUUUGAUCGCGACAUCCCCGAGCGAGCAGGACUACUGCGUGCGCGAGCUCUAUGCGGCGAUGGCACAGGCCAAGGACGGCAAGUCUCCGCGAAACGGAAACGGCAACGUAGUGGUCGACGAGGGAUCCUCCUCGCCCGCGUUCACGGAGGGAUUGACGCUCGCCAGUUCCUGGGUUCUCGGGGAAUACGGGCACAAGCUAUUAGAAUCGGGGGUAUCCGGACACGACAUAAUCACGUUGCUGGAAUGCGUGCUCGAGCACUCUUACAACUCCCAGAUCAUGAAUGAGUAUGCUACUAACGCGCUGAUGAAACUCUCGACACGACUCCCCGCCCAGGAAGGCCAGCACAACAACACGGCCGACAUCAAGCGGAUCCUGUCAUUACACGCGCGGUCCCUCGACGUCGAGAUCCAGCAGCGGACCACCGAGUACGUUAACAUGUUCAAGCAACCGGACGAAGUGCGCCUCGGCGUGUUCGAAGCGAUGCCCAUGCCCGAGAUCCGCGACGAAAACCGAGUCUUGGGCGAGAAGAUGGUAAAGGCAAAACCGGUGCAGAAAAAGAACCAAGAAAUGGAACUUCUCGAGCUGCUCAACGACGAUGGGCCCGGGUUUGGCGGCGGAGUCAUGAACACUACCGGCAGUGGCACCGGCGGCGGCGGCGGAAACCUCGACCUCCUCGCCGACAUCCUGGGCGGCUCCUCCGCCCCCGUCUCCCCUCCACCCCAGGGCCAGCAGCAAUCCAGCAUGUCCGACAUCCUCGGGCUCUUCCCGGGGGCGACCUCUAGCCCUGCACCCCCUACUACCUCUCCACCGGCCAUGGGCGGGAUGGGCGGGAUGGGCAGCAUGGGCGGCCUCCUGGACGUGAUGGGCAGCGCCCCCUCCUCUGCACCCACCCCCGCCGCCGCAGCGCCACCAGCGGCAAUAACGGUAUACACCAAAGCCAGCCUCGAGAUCUCUUUGCAACUACAGCGGCCCGCCGACGGCGCGGUAUACAUCCGCGCACGCCUCGCAAAUACCAGCUUUACGGAGUCGCUGUCGGAGCUGCAGCUGCAGGCGGCGGCGCCCCGCGGCCAGAAACUCGAGCUCAAGGAAAUCAGUACGACCACUAUCAACCCCGCCGGCGACGCGCAGCUGCAGAUGAGGUUGAGCGGGAGUAAUGGCGCUCCGUUGAGGAUCCGCUUCAAGAUCUCGUAUAAAGGCGCGCAGGGCGAGGUGAAGGAUCAGUUCGAUUGGUCGGAGAAGAGGUGA